GGGGCGGGUCGGGCCGCGGCCAUGGCGGCCGAGCAGAGCGCGGUGAGCGCGGUAAGCGCGGCGCGGCCGCCGCCUGUCGUCCCGCUCCUUCCCCGGGGCCGCGACGGCGCCGCGCUGAGGGCCGUCCCGCUCGGUGCCGCAGGAGCGCCGAGCGAGGCGGCGGUGGAGCACUUCCUGAAGGCCGGGCGCCUGGCGGCCAGGGACGGGGCGGAGAUCCGGUGGUGGCACGCAGCGAACAGCCGGCGCCGGGCCCGGGAGGCCGCCCGCAGUGCCGUUCACAUGGUAGAAGCAGAUGUCCUCCUUCGUGGUGGCAGGGGAGGAGACGGAGACCCAAUCAUGGCUCAUCCCCCUGAAACAGACAGCGACAUCACGCUGCAGGAGUGGCUGGAGGAGAUGGCCGGCACAGACAAGGGCAUCAAGCUGGAUUUUAAGAGCCUUGACGCCGUACGGCCCUCCUUGGAGCUGCUCCAGCUUGUGAAGCCGUGUUUGGAGAGACCUGUUUGGCUCAAUGCAGACGUCCUCCCGGGACCCAAUGGGAUCAACGCCGUUGUGGAUGCAGAGGGGUUCCUUGAGAUCGUCACCUCGUUUUUCCCAGAUGUAACCUUAUCGUUGGGAUGGACAACUGGCUGGCACCCCGAACAGCACAAUGAAGGUAGUCUGCUCCCUGAGUCCCACCAGGAGAGGUUUGCUAAUUGGAGUUCUGGCACAUUUCCUGAAGAUAAGUCAGCUACCUGGAAAUGUUAAACCCAAUCAGCGCGCUCUCGCAUCAGAUAAAUCAAGUGGUGAGUCAGUGGGUUUUUUUCAUUGCCGCUGAAGAACUGAAUGGUUGGCAAUAGACUUUCCAACGCAUUGAUGUUAGUAACUUCUUUAGGUCACAGAUUUGUGAAUCUGAUUGCAGCUUCUAAUCAUUAAUCCCUAUCUGGAGCUUUGGUCCAAAACAUGUAAAAGCUAUAUUAUGAUCCUUUCUGCUGGCUUCCCCUCAUAAUUUUCACUAAAUGUGACAUUUUCCAUGUUUCUUAGUAGCUUUCCUGUUGAAAGAGAGUCAGAAAGUGUUUGUGCACCUUAAAAAAUACCAUGCUAUUGUGAAGAGAACUACUACCACCAUCCCCUCAUUACAGACUUGCAAAUCAUAAAGUAUAUCUCAUAUCUUCCUGAAAGUCUGAAAGACGUCUAACCCCACAGAAGUACUCUACAGACUUAUCUAUUAUCUACAUGAACUUGGAUAUGCAAGUAGACUUCCCCCCCCCCCCCCCCCCAAAAUAUCCCAAACCCUAAAGUAUACAGUGCUCUGGCAAACAUGAACUUCAGUUAACAGACUUCACUUUUGUAUAGUUGUGUGUACUGCACUUCUACCAAUGAAGUCCCAGAUGUCCUGAGCCAUCAACACAAGGACUUAUGCACACAAUCUCCAAGACCAUAUGCAUGAAGAACAGUAACAGGAAACGCAAACUAGAUAUUUACAGGAGUAUUUGAGCCAGAGAAAUGUACAUUUUCUUUCAGUUUAUUUAGAAACAAAGGCUGAACACUGAGAAGUUUUUCAGCCAGGUCAGAUAUCUACAAACGCAUAAAAAUCGCAUAAUCUUCCAACUCUGAAGGCAAGCAAGAAAAUAUCAUAGCGUAACGUCAGACGUGAUUCCAUACCUUUUACAGCAUUCUUAUAGAUGUCAAUAAAUAAUUUGAAUAUUUCAUUAGGAAAAGUCUUCUCAUCUGGCAAACACUGCAACAGAAUGACAAUUUCUGCCUGCCCCAAACCGUGUAGCCCGUUUGUUGAGAAGUACCAGCAUUUUUCUGAAGAAUCUUCAAUUAAAAAGACAGAGACCACAGUAAUGCUGUUCUUCACAAUCAGAAAAAUAGAUUUAAUGGAGAAAAAAAAACAGAGCUACUUACAAGAUAUUAACUUGACAUUCACAAGUAAGUUUGCGUUUAGGAUUAGUUAAGUGUGUUAGGAGGUUAACGGACUGGCACCUCCUUUCUCAAGAAGCAAGGCGACCUGUUGGUGAGACAGAUGCUCUUCCACUAGAGGAUCUAAAGAAAUUAAUAUCUGAUUUAGUUCAACAUGCCAGUCAACUACAUAAAAUAAAAAAAUCAGCUGAUAGUAUAUAUGAUUCAUUAACGAACAAUCCAUUGUGCAGCACAGGUGGGAGGUUAAAGCUGAUUUGCUGUAUUAAAUUCACACUUAGAAAUCCUGCAUCGGGUGAUCCAAUACUGACAACUGUUUACCUUUUCCUCUUUCACCCAUGGCAAGCAGAAGCGGUGGCAGUUUAUCACCAUCUGGAAGAAGGUCGACGUCUUUCCGAACACAGUUUUCAACACCACAGAGCGCUCCGUAACUUGUAGGACUAACAGGCAUUUCACUUUUAGUCCAAUCUACUAAAUUAGUACUAGUCUUCCCAGAUUCCAUGGCAGAAGAACACUCUGUAGUGUCUGGAGUCAGAGAUUUAUCACCAUCGGUCAUCUCACUCUGGCUGGAAAUGAUCUGUUGUGCAUCCUCUGAGGGAACAGAAGGACACAGUCCCUCCAUUCUUGUAAUACCAUCCAUUUCUUCUUUUGGUUUUGAAUUUACAUCAGUUGGCAUGUCAGCUUCCUCUGCAUUUGCAGCCUAGAAGAACGUAAGAAUAAAGAAGGUCAAUACUCUAGUCUCACAACAAACUGACUUCUACAACUUCCACGAUAGCAUUCUAGAAGACAGAGAAGUGACUAAGAAGUCUAUCAAGUUGAUAGGAAAUUAUUUAUUCAAGAAGCAACUCACCAAAUCUACUCCCCAUUUAGGGUGUAUUUUUAUUUGUUUGGCAAUACAACAUUCUCAGAGUGCUGUAGCUCAGUCAUUUUAGCAUACAGUCAGAUUUAACACAAGCAACAACAAAGUCAGUAUCCCUUGAGCAACCCAAUUAGUGUUACUGUUUCUUCACUUGGAAACAACAGCCAAGUCUAGCACUCUACAGUCCAACUCAUUUUUGGUUUGGUGUCAAACCUACGCUGCUAAUUUUGCCGUGCCCUGUAACAGUACUGUAUUACACGAAGCAACUUCUUGUAGGACCAACUUAGGAAGUAUACAGAUUAUUUGUUAAUGAUUACUAGUUAUUCAAAAAGACCUUUUCUUCACCUUUAUUAAUAUCAUCAUAGCAGCGAGUACAGACUCUUGCUUCCUUCUCCAUGUACUGUAGUUUGCACUUUCGUUUGCAACAGCCACCACAAAAAACCUGAACAAGAAAGAGAUUGAAAUAAGUACUAUAAGCAAAGUCCCAAUAUUUCCUGAGUUAGGUUCCUAUUAUAUCAUUUCAUCUAAUUAAAAUAAUAAAGCAUACGUAAAAUAUUCUCAGGAACAUGGAAGAAGAAGAAAGUGGAGGACAAUGGAUGAAGAAGAGGAGCUUUUGCACAUUUAUCUUACAAUAAGUUUCUGUGUUGAGAGAAGGGAAAUUACCAGAACUCACAGGGUUUUGUUAAUAUCAAAAGCUCCACGGUUUGGUCUGAAGUCUGCUUUUUGAGUUCUUACCCUGUUUCCCAGAACUGCACACACUCUCAAACACUCAGGAACACUAUGCUGUAGCACAGCUCUGCAGCAUUAACUAGGGUAACACUCUGGGCACCACGCGUUGUCAUUCUACUCUCAACAAAAGAUAUACUGGUCACUUAUUUGGGGAAUCCUUAUGAUUCAGAAAGGUGAUUUUUUUACUUAAUCUUUCAUUUUCAUCUGCAAAAUACUGUGCAAUACUGCAAAACAUCUUUUGUGAUUGCCUCACAAAAGCAGUGGUCACCUAACAUCCACUGAACUUUUGUAUCUCCUAUUUUGUUUGGUAUGUACAAGAAUGGCAAGUCACUACAAAGACACGUUGCAAAAAAAGACAUGUCUGAGGCUGUAUUUAAUGUGCUGUGUUCAACAUGCAGAUUUGAAAACAUCCUUCCCUCUUCUUUUUUGCUUUUGGUUUUGCAUUAAGUAUGGAGUUGUUUGGAGGGGUUGUUUCCACUCCUACUUUUUGUCUUACAGUUACAGAGCAGAGUGCAGCAUCUCCAAGCAUUCAAUGCAGCCAUGUGAGAAAACUGGUAAAGUUGCUAAAAUGUAGUUUUUUUCUUUUGUCAACCCUUAAUAAUACCUUCAUCUUUAUGCAUGUCAUGCAAUACAACAAGUCAACUUUCCUUUUUUUUUUUUUCCCCCCUGAAAUCAGGUAUUUGUAAUUAAAUAGAUUCCUUCAUAAGCAAACCAUGACUCCACUUGUUCACAAUGUUGUCCACGUAACAGGAGCAUGGGUCGCUAGCAGAAAAGUUAACAUUAGUCACACAGAUCAUCAUGACUACAUUCAAACUGUUCUUAUAAGGGGGCGAGUUUCCUUCUGACUUUUAAAUUAAAAUCCGUAGUUGGAGGGAGGAAUACUUGCCCUAAAAUAUUUCACAGUAUUUCUCAGCAAAGUAUUUUCUCCAUCAAGUUUCAAGUUUUUCUGUUGCUGCAGUGCCUUCAAAGAGCAGUGCCAAUAUAAAUGCAUCUUAAGAAAACUUGGGUUUUCUUUGCAGAGUGCAUUGGUGCAAAAUGCCAAUUUUUAUGACUAAUAGCUCUGAUAAAUGUCCCAGCUAUUAAUACUGCCUGAGUCUUACACUCCUUCAGAGAAAUUGACCUUGUUUAAAAAUAUACAUCCUGUACUGCUCCUGUUGUUCAGAGAAGGGCACUACUUAUCUGAGAGAGGUAUCCUCUUGGACAAUGUUUGUAACUGAGAGGGAGCACAGACAUCCUAUGAAUAUCACCGUUUUUUUCGCAUUUUGCACUGUAAAAACAGAAGCACACUCUUCUUUUUAUGUCUGACAGAAUGGAUAAGAGAACCUGAGGGCCCUGACUGGGGCUGUUGAUAGAAGUGUUUGAGCUACUUUGUGCAAAGGCUUUACUUGAACGCAUUGCUUGAAAGUAUUUGUCAGAAGGCAACAAAAAGGAAAGUAAAUUUCAAACAACCAAUCAAACUACAGGAAAUAGAAAAGAAUAGUUUAAAACUAAUUUCGUACCUGCAUUAGUCCUCUGCAGUAGUCUUCACUGUGUAGAAGGUGAAAGGUGCCAUUAAAUCUUAAAGAACCCCAAAACCUUAGUCUAUGAGGAAUGCUUGAAGGUCUUGUCCAUCCCCCAGCUCAGAGCAGGGCUUGCUCCACCCCUCCUGCUCACCUGCUCCUCAGGAGUAAACAAGCAUCAUCAGUGAGUGCUGUAAACAGCACCUGAUUUCCCUUAAACUGGGAUUUGGGAAGCCAAAGUGUUAACAUAGCAGCACUUAAGAAAGUACCAGACAGCUGUGCGCAUCUGCAAGAAGUCAAAACCACUGUUUUCAAUUUAACCACUAGGAUCUGUGGCUCUGUCCAGCACCACAAUGUAUUUCUAAUAUUAAUGCAGAGGUUUUGUUCCACAUAGGAAAAAAAGCACGUGAUUUUGUGUUAAACUGGGACUAGAUGCUUUUCAAAAAACACUCUACGAUCUUAGAGCAAAAAGUGAGCUUUUUAAAAGAUUGCAUACAGCGCAGGUUAUUUCCAAGUUACUGAAUGGAAGUGCAUGCUGAUACACUGUAAUUAAUUCCUGGUUUCUUUGGUUUUUUUCCCCUGAAGGCAUGAACUAUCAAUUCAGCACAGCCAAGCUGCCAGAUGCCACAAGUUGGAGCCUUCUUUCUCAGUAAGCCACUUCCUUUUAUGUUUCAAUGUCAGAAGUGAAGUGACGAUCAGACAGCCAAGGCAGCGGCUAUGGCAGAAGAACACAGAAAAACUGAAGGGAAUGAAGGCAAAAUAUAAAGACAUUGAAAACCAACAAGUAAUUGCCUUGAGAAUAGUGACGUUGAAAACUCAGAUGAGGACAGAGUAAAAUAAUUCUCAUUUUAGUGGGAACACAAUAAAAACAGUAAUUUGUUGUCGUGCCACAGCAGCAGCCUAAGAUGUGAGCGCCUCAUCAGCCUACUGCACCCAUCUGCUCACAGUCACUGCUCCUGCACAACAGCUGGCAGAAAGGAACACGGACCUUCCUGCCCUAGUGCAAUUAUGAGUAACUGCAGUAUGGAGUGAGUAUUUUCUUCAGCCACACUGAAAGGGUAAUAAUGCAGUGAUGACUGCCCUAGAGUGCAAACACAAGUCAGAAGUAAGAGCAACUAGAAGAAAGUAACUUCAUCUCACUUUGUUGCAAAGACAUGCUGAAACUCAACCACAAAAGCCCUGAAGGGAGGCAAAGAAAGAAAGACUCAUACAACACCCCAGCUUGUGUUUUAUUAAGGAGACCUUACACUUGUACAUUGGCCCAUACAAGACUUGUACAUAAAACUUGGUAAAACCAUCAGUGAAUACAGCAAGCUAUUACAUAGAAACAAACAUCAUGGAGACACACUGCGUGAACCAACAGAUAUUACAGCAACAUGAGACAAACCAAAGAAUAAGUCUACAAACAUCAGAACACAACAACUAUCAAUACUGCUCUUCAAUUAAAAUUUCAAGAGCUGCAAGAAUGUAUCAUACUAGGAAAAAAAAGAUCUUUGAAUAAACAUGAAGUUUAUGAAAAAAAAUUUCUUUAAAAAUGUGUCCCAACACUUGCUCCUAUCUUUUCAUUAGUAGUUUUACCCCUAUUAAAGCAAAUAUUCGCUGAAAAUCAAAAUGAAUUUUAAAUAAAUUGAGAGAAAUCUUAGAACACUUGAAUUAAAGGGUAAGCCCCCCUGAAUUUGAAUGUAGUGUAGGAAGCAUUUCAUAAUACUCCUGUAUCUUUCUCCUAAACCCUCCAAAAACAAAAACAAACAACAACAACAAAAAAACCAGCUCAUGUUUUUUGAAUUCCACAGCACUGCCAUUUCUGUAAUUUUGCUGUAAUAAAAGGAAGGACAGGGCUAAACUGUCACAAACCAUUCAAUAAGGCACAAAGACCUCUGUUACUCAUUGUUCCCGUCUUCUUCAGUAGCAACACAGCUUCCCAAAGGUGAAUCACAGAAGUGGAAGUUUAUGUAAACCUGAUUCUUUGCAAGAGGACUUGGAAGGUUCUCAUACCUUACUGGUGCAUAAUCACUGCUGAUAGGAAAGACAACAUGCACCAGCUGCUGGAAUCAAAUUAUUCCAUCUCCAAAUAGCACAACAUGAAUCAUAAGUGAAAGCUUUAUGGAGCAAGGGGUCAGUAACAUUAAAUAGAAUUCAAUGGAGAUGGAAAGUGAAAUGCAAAACCAGAUCUGUAAUAACCUCAUCAAAUGGCCUGAUCACACACAGCUGAUGUAUAAAAUGUGUAAGUUUUAGAUCUAACCUGAAGAUAGGUUUUUUUGCAGUCAGAGUAGGCCAAAACUGAGUAAUUCUUCAUGUGAAUGCUGAAGAUGAAGAUAGAAUUGUUCAUAAAAAAAUGUGUCUUCUGGAGCAUUUGCUUUGAUUCCACAGCACAUUUAAGCAAUGCAAAUGUCAGAAAAUCACUUUAUGUUGUUUUCAACAUUAUAUUCACAUCUUACCUUCCAGAUUUUUUUGAGUAGUUACACAGGAAUGAUGAACCCAACUUUCUUCUGCAACACCUGUUGUGUUAAGUUCUAUCACAUUCAUAGAAAAAGUCAAGGCUUGGCCCAGACUGGUAGUAAAUUAGAAACGUACUGUUAACUUAUUAAGCUUACUGUAUGUACUGCAGACUCAAAGCAACGUCCAGAACUUUGGUUAAUGGGAGCUUUUGUGGGUUCUAAAUCCUGUUCUCCCUAAAAAGGAGUAAGGUAAAAAGGUCAUCAUCCAGAACAAAAGAUACCACGCAAUCAGAUACACUAUCAUGCUUGUUCAGGCAAUUGCACUAAAACUGCACUAAAAUUGCACCUGGGCUAAUCAAAAUGAUCUGCGUUAGAAGAAGGUCCUCGAAGAAUCUAUUUACCAUAGUUACAGCAAGUUCAGAAAUAGUUAAUGCCUUUUCUUCCUAUGCUGUAGCAAAGCGUACAAGCACAGUUAAUAGAAACUGAUGCUAUAAAGAACAGAUUGAAUCUGUUCAGAUCUGAUCAAGUUGGCACAAGCAACUAAACAAUACUUGCACUGUCAGACUUUGGUCAUUACUGCUGUUCAUUUAAAAAAAAACAAGAUGAAAGAGAGGCAAAAGAU